AUGAUAAAUAUCUUACUAAAACGUUCAUUAGUACGAUAUUAUUCGAUAUCUAAAAGAUAUUUUUCAACAAAUACUAGUGAUGUUUUUAAAUUACAAGAACAUGGAUUUUUUUGUGAUAAUUUAGCUGAAGUCGAUGCGAAUCUUAGAAAACUUGUUACAUCAAAACAACAGACAAUCUAUUGUGGAUUUGAUCCAACAGCUAAAUCAUUACAUAUUGGUAAUUUAGUUGGUUUAAUUGGAUUAUUGCAUUGGCAACGAGCUGGUCAUCAACCUAUUGCACUCUUAGGCAGUGCCACAGUAUUAAUUGGUGAUCCAUCUGGCCGAUCACAAGAACGUAAACAACAUUUAACUAAUGACGAUAUUGUAUCUAAUACAGAAAAUAUUGAACGUUUAAUUCAAUUAAUAUUUCAAAAUCAUGAGAAAUAUUUUUGGAAAGAACAACAAAAGAAAUUAUCACCAUUAACGGUAGUGAAUAAUUUAUCAUUUUAUGAUAAUAUGAACACAAUUACAUUUGUGUCAACCUAUGGUCCACAUUUCCGAAUGAAUCCAUUACUUUCACGUAAAGUAAUUAAAACACGUCUUGAAACAUCUCAUGAUGGUUUGGGUUAUAAUGAAUUUAGUUAUCAACUUUAUCAAGCUUAUGAUUGGUAUUGUUUACUUAAAAAAUAUAAUUGUCGAUUUCAACUCGGUGGUGUUGAUCAAAUCGGUAAUAUGCGAACAGGACAUGACUUUAUUUCACGUAUGACAAAUUUCGAAGAAGAUACUUAUGGUGUUACUGUACCAUUAAUAACAAAUGAAAGUGGAGAAAAAUUAGGUAAAAGUCUUGGAAAUGCUUUAUGGCUUGAUGAAAAUCUUUCGACACCAUAUGAAUGUUAUCAACAUUUUCGAAAUACACCCGAUUCAAAAGUAGAAGAAUAUUUAAAAAUAUUUACAUUUCUUCCAUUAAAUGAAAUUCAACAACUUAUGGAAACACAUCGAAAUAAACCUCAUGAAUAUGCUGCUCAAAUUAAAUUAGCUAAACAAAUAACAUUAUUAGUGCACGGAGAGCAAGGACUUGAAUCUGCUAUACGUAGUACACAAGCAAUGUUUGCACAAAAUAUUGAUUUACUUCAUAAUCUAACAGAAAAAGAAAUCAAUGGUCUAUCUUAUGGCGUUCCGACUAUUCAAAUGGAACUUAAUCCUGAAUUAACAUUACUCGAUGUUUGUAUGUCUGCGCAAUGUUUUUCAAAUAAAUCUGUUGCACUCAAAGUGAUCAAUGAUGGUGGUGUUUAUGUUAAUCAUAAGAAGGUAUCAAAUCCUCAAGCAAUUUUUGUUUUUGGUGUUCAUAUAAUACCCAAUAUGAUCACUGUAUUGCGUGUUGGAAAGAAAAAUUUCUAUAUGAUUCGAUGGACAAAUACGGAUAUAACAUUGCGUUAA